CGAUUGAUUUGCUUUUUCGAUUUGCGUUUGACUCGCAGGUUUUGCAUCCGGAAAGAACUUUCAAUCGAUCAAUCGAUCAAUCAAUCAAUCAAUCAAUCAACGGGGGAAUAGCGGGCGACAAGGCAAUGACGCAGCGGAAGCCCAGCUCGACGGGCGCAGGCUCAAAGACGAGCGGCUCAGUAAAACCAUCAAAGUCGCGUUCCACUACUGCUACUACUACUACUGCUGCUGCUGCUGCUGCACCCAAGCCAAAACACGCUGCUGGCAAGGUUAGCACUGCAUCGACCUCGACGAAGGCUGGCGAGACUGUCAAGAAGGUCGCCUCGGCUGCGAUCAGCAAGCCAGCGUCAAAAACCAAGUCCAAAACCACCGCUACUGCUGCUGCUGCUGCUGCUGCUGCUGCAACUACUGCUGCUGCUGCAAGCCGGAGCCCAACCCGGAGCGCAACCAAAGCCAGAGCCACACACGAUGCGCCAAAGGACAGAUCGCGAGCAUCGUCGUCGUCGUCCGCAGCUCCUCCAACACAAGCCAUUCGCAAACCAAGCGCCGCGACCAAGACAGUCGCUGCGACAAGCAAACAGCAAGCUCCCAAGCCUGCAAAGUCAGCAACACGAACAUUGUCUGCAGCGAGAUCGGCCGCGCGACGACAGCCCGCUGACAGUGAUGAUGACGACAUUGGAUCCGACUCCAUUCCACGCGUCGAGGCCGCCUUGUCCACGUCUGCAGCGCGCGACCGUGGUUUGCGCAUUCUCAACGAUGGCGCUCCAGUCUCCCAGCAUGACCGUGUUGCCAUUGCUGACUUGGAAACACACACAACUCCAAUCACACGCGUACUGGUCGCGCCCUCGCGUUUCAAGCGCUGGGUUCCAAUUGAAACGAGUCUCCAAGGUCGCGUCAUUGAUGCCCUUCGCACCGCUGCCCCAGCGGCGUCAUUGCCCACCCAGCGCGCUAGUGAGACUGGCAUCAACAUUGAGAGCAUCAUUAUGACAUUGCGCUCGAAAGCCGAGCUAGUAUUAAAAAGCAUUGUCGCGCCUCGAGCCGACACUGUGCUGCGAUUACCGCCAGGCCGGCAGUUGCAAUUCAAGGAAUCCAUGCUCCAAGCUGUCGAUGAACUUGCGGAUUCCGCCAAAGCUUUGGACAGAGCAUUCUCAGGAGCUGAAAGUGAAAGCUCCGAUGCAGAGCGUCGUAUCGAUGACUUGCGUCGACAAAUUGCUGCCAUCCCAGCUCAGAUGGCCGCGCCUGCAUAUCAAGCCAAACUUCACCCGUUGCUCAAAACUCCAAUCGGCGAGGCCUCCCUCGUGCCCGACCAAGCGGCCAUCGCUGCCAGCAUGGUUGAUGACGAACUAUCGCUAUUUCCCAGCCGCUCCACGAGCCGCAAAGCUGCUGAAGCCCGACGACAGUUUGUUGCGGAAUUGUGCGAAUCGGACAAGAAUGGAAGAAUUGAGCGACCAGCGUCUUUCAAAAAGCUAGCGGUGGAUUCCACGCUGCGCCAGUUCGUGCAGCCAAUGGACACGAGCUCUCCUUGAGGACUGCACGAGUUCGAGGUUACGGUUCGAUUGAACAUGCACAGUUAAUACACAAACUCUAUCGUUUCCCCCCUUCCUCCCAAACUUUGCCUUCCUCUUGCUGGCCUUUGUUUCCCAUUUUAUUUUUCGUGAAUUACAAUCUCCAGUGCAGUGCAGUCUCCUUAAAUCACACACACUCCCA